AUAUUUCUAGAUUUGCAGAAGUCUGAAGCUAUUGGAAACAUGGCUUGCAACGUGUUUGGAAACCUCAUCACUGAUGAAACCUUGAAGGAAUUACCGGAGUACAUAGGAAAGAGGGUAACCAAAAGGGAUAGAGCGAAGGUAGCCAUGCAAAUGAAAAAUGCAGAGAACAAGGACGUGAACGCCCGGCAGUAUGUGGAGAAGCUGAAGAGAGAGUGGGGGGUUGGAGUCUCGACACUCUGCCUGGUUUACAACGCUACUGGGGAUACAAUCACGCUUGUUGGCAGCAACGAUUGGUUGGGGCAUCUCGGACCUGCCCCAUACCCGUCAGAGAUUGGAAAUGGCCAGUGGGGUGGCUUCCUCCAUGUUAAAAGAUCCGGCACAGCUAGUGGUUCCACGCAGCUGUAGUGUACCGUGGCACAAAUGAGUUAGGAAAACAAUAUGACAUGAUGCUGGCUGGAACAAUCCUUGGAACAGAUCUUCUUGGGACAAUAAGGUCUACACAGAGAUUCAAGAUGUUAAUCAUUUUCACAUGUGGGGUGCUAUCAGAAAUAUAAUGCGCCGGCUGCCCAGGACUGUCCUCUAUCACCGGGACACAUUCUAUCACCGGGACACAUUUCAAGGACUCAUGUCAACUGUUCUAACCGGCAGCUUCACUUCCCCAGUAUUUGAGGCAGUGCUCACCCUUCCCCCUGAGGCACGGUUCACCCUUACCCCAUAAAAGCAUAGGUUAAAA